UCUUCUGUUGUGAACAACAACUACAUGAGGAAUCCGUGAGUAGAUAAGCUUACGUCGUACACUCACAGAUUUGUACUCAAACAUCUUGCCAAAUGCCAGGAGAAAUCAUUCUUUUCACCUUGGUGACAGUUGGUAGCAUAGUGUUGUAUGUGCAGCCUGGAUUAGUACAAACUACUGAGAGGGAAAGCUAUGUCAAGUCAAGUGGGCAGCAUCCACCUAAAGCAGGCCCACAAGAUGUUACUGAUUUCUCACUGGAUUCAGAGAACUGCACUGAUUACACUGCUAUAAGACUGUUCCAGAUCAAUGGUAAUAAGACAGAAGGCUUGCUUUCAACACACCUUGAGGAAUGCAAAAUUAACACUACUUGCUGGGAAUUUGAAUUAUCUUGUACAAAUGCUACCUCUUCCACGUGUGUCACGCCUCAGGAUCAGGCUCUUUCAUUUACAGUUGAAAUUAAAUACUUUCUGGGAUGGAUGAAAUUUAAGGUCAAUACAUCCGAGAAGGGCACCGACUCCAGCAACUGCGAUUAUUUAGAUCAGUUUUGGAACAAUUGGAGUUGGUUGACAAAUAUGCUCAGCGUUUCUGAUGCAAAUGUCCACAUUCUCUGCCUAAAUUCAAGCUUUGGAAUCAACCUGUACCCAAGUUUUCACUUUAUUUUUGGGCUGAAUCAGAAUUUUGCUCUUGUUCAGUUUCACCAGGCGCUCAGGAACUUUACGGACACCAAUGAAUUUGACAUUGAAGUUGGAGCAAAGGUUCUCUACCCAUGUGAUGAACAAAGUGAGAGUGUUUUCAUGUAUUAUGAGACGGGGGGAACAUGGAAUUCAAUUAUGUUCCCUGAAGUGAUCCAGUCAACAGAUAGUAGCUCAACCUCGGCACAUUCUGAGAUAUCCAGCCAACCAGUAACUUUGAAUCUUAGCGGGAACCCCCAGUCAAUGAGCCAAUUAGAAGAAAGCAGAGAAACCACUGUUCCAACUGAGGGGCCUAAAUGGUGGGGGAUGACCUCAGGCACAGCGGCAUCCAACAGAACAGAAGCAGCCUUUACUGCAUUCAGAGGUUCUCUCUCAAUCACUAACUGGACCUUUUGCGAUGACCUCAUCAACAAAACAAGCAUCAAUUACAGGAAACUGGAGAACAUCUUGAUGGCCCAGUUACCUCAGCUGCUAACUGAAGCUGCAGAAGUAAUAUUGAACCGUGCACUUGAAUUCACUGUGGUUGUGGAAGAAUUCAGUAAAGACAGCUUGAUUGUUAACUUGAUCCUUCUGACUCACCUUGUGAAGAAUGUAAACCUUGCCAGCAUGAACUCUGUAUUGUCUGCUGUUAACCAUUUGCAGAGCUUCAAGGGUUGUCUCUUAAAGUUGUAUGGAAACAUUGAAGACUUUGUACCAUGUGGGAAUAACAUUUGUGUCUACAAUUGUAAUGUCACUAAUGGGAUGAACAAAUGCACGUGCUUAAACGCAUUGAAUGGUGACAGAUUUAUCUGUAUGCCUGAUGAUACAAGCUCAUGUGAAGGAACCCAGGUUGUGAUUCCAGGACCUCUUGCAGUGGAUCUUGAAAAAAUGGCACAGCUUCUAGACUUUGCAAAUAACACAGGAUGUUCUUUCAACAGAAGCACAGCUGGCACAUCUGGAACUCUGCAUGUGAGAGGUUUGUGUCUGGACAUCACUGAUGGUGUUACAGAUCUCUGGCUGGAUUGGAAAAACAAUGAAGUUCUGCACUUGGUUUUGGAGGGACCCAAUAUCACAGUCUGCCAAUUCUCAGUCCCUCCUAAAGAGCAGAUGACAUUCAAAUUAAUUGAUAGCACAGAUAGAUUUAAAGGAUCUUUCCUGGUUGGCUAUACACAACUGAAUAAAGAAAAAUCCCAUGCGUCUGAAAAAUUUGAAAGUUUGACAGGAAACUGGAUGAAUCAUCGGAAGACCUUGGCUGUUUACACAAAUGAAAGUCUGUCUGUGAAUGUGAGCAUCCAGACCAGGCUGGCCAGUAACCCCAAGCUUUUUCUGAAGAGCUGUGAGGUUGUGUCAGCAUACCAAGAUUCUGAAAGGACCAAGCUCAUUGAGGAUGGGUGUCCUAUGGUAAAUGGAUUAUCUAACUUUCUUAAUGGAAAUUCCUCAUUUGUGUUGCUUUCUGUCAAUUCAUCGAUACCAAAGAAUUUUACCGUCUUGAUAUGCAAAUUGCUGAUUUGUGCUGCAAACCACUGUGGCUGCUCCAGAAAUAAGCUACAAAAAUACUUUGGUCCAAAUUCAAACUCUCUCCAGGAGAACUUUGUUGAGAUUGGGCCAAUCGUAGUAAUGGAAAGGACGGCUGAAGAUAAAAAUAAGAAUGAUGAACUUCACAUGAUGAUGGUGAUUUUUAUAACAAUUGGUUCUAUACUGCUGGUGAUUAUGAUAAUUAGUAUCCUACGAUUUAUAUAUCGGCGCGUUUCUGAUGCAAUGUAUACUGCCAGAGUCUUCAAGAAGAUGAGAUUUUUGAAACGACAGUCGUCAAUGGAUCCUAUUAGCUUAAUUUCCUGGAAGCAAUUGUAGCACUCUUCAAUCUGGGAACAAGCCAGUUCUCCAAUUAACAUCAAAAUAUCUUUAAACGGUAAUACAGGAAUGGACUUGUAACUAUAUAGUACCUCUCAUGCCUUGGGACAUUUUAAGAGUGAUCCACAGCCAGAGAAGAAAUUUUUGAAGUGCAGUCAUUUUGGUUUUGUCAGUUGCAACAGUGGCAGUCUGCAUUUACCAGCAACAAAAAUAAGUAAAGGGAAAGGAAAGACUGGUGUUUUCAUAAUGCCUUUGAUACCUUCAAAACAACUUAAAGUGCUUUAUAGUAAAGAAUUAUGUAGCAACUGUUCUAAGAAGUGCAGCAAUUAUUUUGAAGGCAGCAAGAUCUUAUCAUAACUUAAUAAUGAUCUGAUUAUUCGUGUUUUUGGUGUCAAUAUUUGUGAGGUUAUUCUCAUUGGGGAAGGAAAGGUUUGAAAAAUAAGUGACCUUUGAUAGAAAAAACUUUUUUUCCAUAAUGGAAAUAAAAUCUUCCUCUUUGUUUAUAAGUCAUGAGGUUUCAAGUUGGUUGUCAUGUUUAAAAAAUUAAGGUUCGCAUUUAAGUCAUGCCUAAGAUGUCCUCCCGAAAUACUGACAAAGCAGUUCUUGAAGCUUGCAUUUUCCCUCAAUUUCUCAAUCUCCACAUCUGUUCUCAAGAAAAAAAAUGUCUUAAAUUCCAGAACAUCCAAAAUUUCCAGGAAACAUUGUUGAUAGACACCCUCCUCUCAUAACUCAUGUUUCUUGGAAACCUACUGUCAACCCACCUCCCUCCAGAAAGAACAGAGAUAGUGCUCCCUUGGUCUUCACCUUUGACCCCAUGAGCCUUCACAUCCGGCACAUUAUUCUACAUCGUUUUCAUAGUCCAUAACAAGAUCCCAUUUCUAGCCGCAAUCUUCUCCUGUCUGCCUCUUUCCACCUGCUGCAGGGACCACCUCAUUCCAUGACUCCCUGGGUGUGGUCAUCCCUUCCCACUCACCCUCUCUGAUCCCUGACACUUCCCUUGAAACAACAGGAAAAGCCAUAUUUGGUUUUACAUCUCCUCCCUCGCCACAAUUCCAAGAGCCUUCCAGAUGAGGCAAGGAUUCACCUGUACCUCUUCUACAGUAUUUCGUGCUCCUGAUGUGGCCACAGAUGUAGAGGAGGUAGACCAAGUACAGUGUAGGUGACUGUUUUGUGGUGCACCUACACUUUGUCUCCCAAUCUGAAUGCCGUUUCAAUUCCCCUUCCCUAUUCCACAGUGAUCUGUCCAUCCUCAACUUCAUCCACUGCUGGUGUGACGUGCAAUGAAAACUAGAGGAACGAUAGCUUCCAUUCUGCUCGGCUAGCCUAAUUACAAUGGUAUGCCUUCCUAACUCUCUCCACUUUCACUCUCCCCUUUCCCCACCUGGCUCCAUUGACCUCUUUUUUUAAAAUCUGCCAUCAUCUUGUCAGCCAUCUGCCUCCAUCUUCCACCUCUACCCCCUCCCUAACUUAGUUCGAUCUGCCCGUCUUUCAUCCCUCCUCAUACCUGGCUUCUGUCUUGCUCACCCCCUCUGUUUAUACUGGCUAUCUCUUCCGCAACACCCCCCCCCCCCCCAAAUCCUGAUGCAGGGUUUUGACCUAAAAUGUCAACAGUUCUUUUCUCAUAGAUGCUGAGUUCGACUUGCUCAGUUCCUCCAGCAGAUUGCUUGUUACACCUCAAUAUAUAAGCCUUGUUGUUGAUGCAUCUGAAUAUUAGUUCCCAGUGGGAAUACAUAACUGUCAUAAAAAUAUAUUUAUUGCAUGCCAAACUUUGAUGCAAAAUAGGAUUUUUUUGGCUCAAUAUGCAAUUUACUGUUUUGUUUGUUCACUGAUAAGCUUUCUAUUUUAAUGAUUCAAUAAUAAUUGUUUUCACAAAGAUGUGUUUUGCAAACUUUUUUCUUCAUCUGUUUAUGACUGUGGGCUCAGCUGGUGAAAAAAUUGUUAACAUCAUAAAGGUUCCAGGUUGGAUCUUGGUCUGUGUUGAAUUGUUUGAUCUCAACCAAGGAAGAAAUUGGUGUUGAGAGCAGAGGAAGGCACCAAGAAUUGGAUGGGGCUCCAAGCCUAGAUUACAAUGACUAUCAUUGGGAAGAGAACAUGCAUAAUUAAUGUGUGAAGGCAGGAAUUCAUUUAGUUGUUAUGUGUGAAUAAAUACUGAAAAUCCAGCAUGGUGUCGGCAUAAGUGGUUAGGGGAGGAACUGCAAGGCAGCAGUCCUGAAGCAUGUGUCUUUUAUCAGCAGUGAUAUGAUGAUUAAACCAAAUGUUGUAAUCAAUAUGAAAGCUUAUUAUUCAACAAUAAACUGAAGUACUUCUAA